GUCACGUACAGUACAGAGAUGGAGGAGCCUCCAGAACGUCAAGUCAAGCAUUUCCGUUUUAAACAAAUGCACAAAGUUGCUCUUGGAUCCGGAAAGGCAGGGUGGCCAGAAUCUGUGACAGAAAGGAUGAAUUUAGUCGCAGUAGCAAAUAGAUUUGGCGUGAUAUUUGCUGCUUGCGAAAACGGAUUUCGUGUGUUGAAAACUGCUGAUCUCGAUGUGUAUGACAAAUCUGGAGGGACAGAUCUAGAGUCAGGACGCUCUACAACAGUUGAAACUGGGGGCGUGGCACCUCAUUGUUUGACUGUUGCUUGUGAUGAUCUCACACUUUGUGUUGUGCUUAAAAGAGAGGGCAAAACGCAUGUUUUAUUAUAUGAUAUCACAUCAUUUCAGGAAGACAAACCAAAACCAUUUUAUGCAUCAAUCCUGUUUAAGGAUCCAGGAUUAUCUGUGACAUCUAUGAUGUGGAAUCCUACUGACCCUAAGCUGUUGGCUGUCUGUGUCAGCAAUGGUUAUGUAUUCUUAUUUCAAGUUGAUUCAAAAAUGUCGAUGCUUCGAUCUUUGAAACCCUCUGGCAGUGGCGCUUGUUCAAUUUGCUGGAGUCCAAAAGGAAAGCAGUUGGCUGUUGGUCAUAGAAAUGGUACAAUCACACAGCAUGCACAAGAUCUGCAAUUAAAGAAGACUAUACCUCAACCAGGCUGUUUCUCAAGUUCCCGACGAGUUGUUGAUCUUGUGUGGCUUUCUACAUAUGCCUAUGGAGUAGUGUAUGCAGAAGAAAGUGAUAACCAACCAUCAUUUGUGUUGUUGUCUAUGCCAAAAGAAGCAACUCAACCAAUUGUUACAAAUUUUGAAGAUGUUUACAUGACAUUAGGCCGAAGAGCAGAACAAUACUUUUUUAAACACAUUGCAGACUGGAACAUGCUGUUGACUGCUUCUUCCAAUUCUGCUGAAGUGUUUGUUUUCAGUCAAGAUGAACAACAGACGAAUUUAUGGGAGCGAUGGGAUAUUGAUGAUGAUGCAAGGGCAGAGAUUCCUUUGUUUAAUGGAAAGGACAUGUAUCCUGCAGGCAUGGCUUUUGACACUACAUGUCAGUCACAUAUCCAAAUCAGUGAAACCAGGAGUCUCCCUCCUUGUCCUAUUCUACUAUUGAUGUCAACAAGUGGAGAACUGUGUCCAUACAGAGUUAUGAAUGACAUUAAUCCUUCGAAGAUCAUCAACCAACCUCCACAAGUGCUGCCACUUAAAAGUCAGAGACACACUGGUCAAGAAACUGGAGAAAAACAGUCAACGUCUCUAUCUCCCAUUACAACAAGCACUCAGAAUUUGAGUGCUGCUACAACUCAAAUUAGCAGUAGUACUACUAGAGUGUCUGCUGCAUCAGCAGUGAAAUCAGCUGCUCAGGGACAGACACAGAAUUCUGGGGUUUACUCAAGUGCUUCAUCUUCUGUAGGAGCUAAUCUUGUCACAGGAACGGCAAGUCGAUUUCAGCCAACUGGUCUGUCCCAAGUCAGACCUGCACAGUCUCUUGCUAAUGGACAUCAACUCAGCAAUACCAUAUCCUCAUCAAUUGGCCUAGGGUCUUCUCAGCAGCUGCUACAACAGCAGCACGCUAAACCAGUCACUUUUCAACCUUCUUCCAGUGGAACAGUUCAACAGCAACCAAUAGCUACUGUUCAACAAUCAUCAAAUAGUGCGCUUUUGCCAUCAGCCUCACAUAUUCCUUUUUUUAGUUCAACACAGCAGAUGCAAACAUCUUUACACCAACACAUUCCUGUGUCAACAACAAUCAAGCCUGCAACUAAUGUGACUGGCUUAACAUCUCAGCUACUUAAUCCAUCUGCAGUUGUUUCUUCAAUUAGUCACGAUUACCCACUAGUGUCAUCAUCAUCAUCAUCCAUCAUACGUGACAGUCAACAGCCUGCCUUUGAGCCAUUGCCAAGUCUGCCAAACUUACAAUCUCAACCUGCUUCUUUACAAGGAUUGCCUGGUGUUGUCACUAGUGGUACUUCUACAAGUGACAUUAUGAAAUUGUUAUCAAAAACUGAUACUUCACUAUUUGGUAACUCAACUACCAAUAUGUGGACACAGAAACAGGCACCUCAGCUUCAACAGAAGCAGCAGCAGCAGCAGCAGCAACAACAACAACAACAACAACAACAACAACAACAACAACAACAACAACAACACUCAGGUGUUAAACUAGCAGAAACAUCAAGCACCAGUGAUGCCACUGCAAACCCUGAUUCUCAAAGACGUGUUGAAGAUAUUGAGGAUCAGAAAGCACUUGACACUCAGUCAGUUAAACAACCUGUGAAAGAAACUAAACUAAACAAGAAGAGAGAAACGACUCCACCCACUGUCAAAUCAGCUAAGACAGCAGAAGAUCUUGAACUUGCUUUUGGAAUGGCAAUUGAGGAAGAGAUUGAAAAGUUUGCAAGUGAAAUCCAAACAUUUGAAGAUUCGUUGUAUGAAAGUUUUGCAAAAGGCGAAUGUGUGACUGAUGAGAAAGAGCUGAUUGGCACUAAGAAUGAGGCACAAGCACUAAAGAAGAUGAUCGGAGGUUUACAAGAACAAUGUCAUACAAUGGCCACAGAGACAGAGACUCUUUCAUUAAACAUUGACUAUCUAAAAGAAAACAUGCUGGAAGGAUUUGCAAUGGCAGAAGAAGCAAGAAUGCGCAAAGGAAGACAGGGAGAUGCCAAACGUGUAGCCUUCUAUCUGACAAGACCUCUUGAUCCAGAGAGUGCUCAAACUCUGAAGUCUUUAAGAACACAAUAUCAACAAGUUGCUUGUGCCAUAAAAGAUGUCCAUCAAGUUCUUGACUCUGAGUGGCAGGAAUACCAAUACUGUCAACGUCAACGACAGAGGGGACGCCUCGUUCGGCCUGCUCUCAGUUCAGUAUAUCACAGUUUGAAAAAUCACCACAAUAUUGCAGUUAGUCAGAUGCAUGCAGUUGGUAAGUUGGCUCAGGAGAUGCGUCAGGUGAAUUUAAUUAGCUUGGCAAAGCCUUGGAGACUAAAACCUGAGUGUGAAGACUUACCCACAUUAGAGUCUCUCUUAGAGCUGGAGGGAGAAGCAAAAGGAAAUUUGCAAGCAAUGUUGGAAAGACAACAGGUUAGCAAGUCAAGUUUGCUGCCACCCAAGAAACAAGCUCAGCUUCAUGUUCUUCUAACUCAGAUUCAAACAACUCCAAUUAGAACCGCAUGUCCAGCACGACAUGAAGCUCGUAAAGCAGCCGAAGGAAGAAUCCAAGAGAUUACAGCAAACAUUACUUCAUCUGAGCAUUUGUUAUCAUCAUCUUCAUUAUCAUCAUCAGGAUCUGCAGAACCAGAUCCUGAUGAUGUCGCUUCUGGAGCAGACCAAUCAGACGAUGAAGUCAGCAAUGAGGAAUUUGCAACUGAUGGGAUCAGAGGUGCAAACGUUGACUCAACGGUCACACCAACGUCUAGCAAAGGAGCCAGUAACAGUACUUUCAAUAAUCCAGGAAUGACAAAGCAGCCACCACAGGACACUAGCACACCAAACAGCUUAAUAUCUAAAUCGAUUGAAGAAAUGACAGAUUUGGCAACAAAUGGUCAACGAAUGGGAUCACACUUGGUUAGUAGGUUGUCUGAUAAGCAGGAGGCACUUCGAUCAAGUUCAGUUCGAGCUACUACAUCUGGAUCAACCAUUCAGUAUGGUGCUCCUCAGCCUUCAUCGUCACAACAGGCUACUAUGUCUGCACAGAUACAAGCUGAUGUAAAAAACAGGCAAACCAAUCAGCCACUUGAUGCUAUGGCUGGUGUAGGUGCAGCAUACAAAUCCACAAAAUCUGACAAGGUACAACAAUCAUUUCAUGGCAAAGGACAGCAGACAACUGCUGCAAUGGCGCCCAAACCAAGUUACUUAUUAACUGGCAGUCAAUCAAAUGUGCAGCAACCUGCAGUGAGCCGUGGUGAACCUGAAAGCAGUAAAACCCUUUUUGCUCAUUAUAUGCAAGUGGAUUCAUCAUCUACAACUUCAGUGGCCAGUAGUACACCUGCUUUGUCAUUUACCUCAACACCAAAGCCAAGCCCAUUGUCCAAACCUAUUUCAAGUAAUUCGGUAGAUACCACACAGUCUACAUCAUUUCGGUUUAGUUUUCCACCUGAGUUUGCAAGCACGUCUGUCUCAGAUGCCAAAUCAUCUCUACCACCAACUUCUGUUUUUUCAUCAUUUAGUUUCAGCUUAAACUCCGACAGCAAAUUGAAAUUUUCACAAAGUACUGAGAUGAAACCAGGUGGAUCUUUACAAGGAUUUCCUUUCACAAAAUCUUUAGAUAGUGAUUCAUCAAACUUGUUUACAUUUUUUGGUGGUGGUGCGGGCACUGUUGGCACUCAAAAAGAUUCGAAGGGUGGUGAUCGGUCAUCAAGUAAUGAAAAAGAUUCGUCUCAUUUGGACACAACUUUAGGUGCAGAUACACGAUUACCUGUAAACCUGACUGCCUCUCAGAGCAAGUCAAAUGAGACCAAUAUGAAUGUAGCUACUGAGACAACAGCACAACUGCCAACCUUUACAGCAGCACCUUUGUCAUCGAUGUCGCUUAUGUCAACUACGUCACAAACUACACCCUCAACAAUUACUGCAUCAGUACCACAACAACAAGUCUCUUCAGCACCGGUUUCAUCGUCAUUACCAAUUGUGUCAAUCAUUUCGCAAACCACACCCUCAGUAACUACAGUCUCGGUAUCACAGCAGCAAACUUCUACAGCAACACCAUCAUUGCUACCAUCUGUGUCCUUGAGUUCACAAGUGACACCUUCAACUAUAGUACCACAAGCGCAAACUUCAACAGCAGCGUCUUUAUUGCCACUACCCUAUUCAACAAUCAUGUCACAAACCACACCUUCAACUUCAGCACGACAAAAGCAAACUGUCACAGUAGCACCAUCAUCACUACCAGUCAUUCCUCCCAAGUUACCAACUUUGACUCCAGCAAGCACAGACUUGGCACAUACUUCUACAGUCUUAACAGACACAGGCACAAAGACAAGUCACAUCACUUCAAGCCAUAGUCAGGUGCUUGAUAGCCAAGCUGAUGCUUCACAGAGUCCACUGAACUCAUUGGCAACAGUGCCUUUUAAUGAUGCUUCUACUACAGUGUUAUCAACAUCUUUGAGUACUGGCACAUCUAACAUUGCUGCUAGUAGUCAUCAGAUGCCUUUAGUAACCACAGCUACAUCUUUGUUUGGUACUGUUGCAUCAACAACUGCAACGUUAACAACUGAUGGUAAGAGCAGUGCAAAUGUCUCUGCUGCGGAGGUGCCAGGCUCUGCUAAUGUGAUAUCUGGUAACAAAUCUACAGAGCAGUUUGACAGUGAAGCUCAAGCUGUUGGUAAAUCAUUAGAUGUUGUGGGAGAUGAGAUGGCAGAUGCUGAACCAGAGACUACAUCUAGCACUAUGGGACUGGGAUCGCUGGGCAUUGGAUCACUCGGUUUAGGUCAUCAGAGUAAUGUAUCAAGCACUCCAGUCAAUCCGUUUGCAUUGAAGUCUGCUGUCUCAACAACUCCAGCUUAUGGCACUGGAAUGAAUUCUCAACUUUUUCAGGGAAUUUCAAGUGGAACCACAGGCUUUAGAGGUACCGGUCCUUCUUCUCCACCUGGACCAUUUUCUCAGACUGCUUUGCAGCCGAAAUUAGAAAGCUCAGGCUUUGGUGUUUCACAAGGACAGGCUAUGGGCCAAACUGGAUCAGAAUUUGGUGCACCGCCUGUGUUUGGCAGUCGUCCUACAUUUGGAUCUUUCGGUGGUAACCAGUUUGGUGCAAGUCCACCAUUUGGAAACAUGAGUGCCAGUACGAAUACCCCAGGAAGAGUGUUUGGAUCAAGCUCAGGAUUUAACCAGUCUGGGUCUAACCUGUUUGGAGAAAUAGCCAGCCAAAGCAUCCCGGGUCAACAGCAGAGUGGCUUUGGACUGCUGGCUUCAGACAGUUCAGGUCAAAAUUUCUCGUUUGGGCAAGGGCAACAGGGUCUUUUUGGAAUGGAUGCUUCUCAGCUUGGGCAAGGUGGUGGAUUUGGUGCUAUGUCUGAAAACUUGAGUGGCAGCUUGUUUGGAUCUAAUCAAGCAUAUAGUGAGACAUCAAAUCAAAGGCAAGCGUUUACUGCCAGAAGAAAAUAGACUAUCAAAAAAUGAGGAAAUGAGGACAAUAUUGCGUGUGUAAUUGUUUAAUUACAGGACAGUUGUAGUCAUACUGAGUCACAUUACUUUGUUUUGUUAAAGCCCAGAUUACAAAUUAUUGUAGAUAAUAUGCUGUUGUUACUAAACUUAUAUUGAUCAUUGUUGAUUUCAAUCAACCAGUGAUUGAUAUCUGGGAUAUUAUUGUAUACUUAAUGUUAUACGUCUCAGAUGGCACUAGGCAUGUCAUAGCUGUGUCCUCUAGCUAGCGUCUGUUGCUCUCCCAAGAAAAU